AUGUACUUCCCCAUCUGGCUUGUAUUUUUCGUAAUGAACAUGGUCCGCCAGAAUCAAGCCGAAAUACUUUCGACAGACCCCUUUCCGAUUAGGUUUUGCGAAGACGAAGUCAAGAAUAUCUUGCUAUGCGUGAGAGCAGUGAAUUUGAAAAAAGGCGACAAAGUAAACAUCGACAAGGGCAUGAUAGCGAUGAAGGCCCCUGUAAUCCCCCAUCGCGAGCACCUUCGCAAGUACCGCUACUGCAACCUUGACGUCCCAAUCACCAUUGGUCAACCCACCGCGGCAUAUUGCUGCCCUAAUAUUGACCUUUUUGCAAUAGAUCAGGAGCUGCUCACGCGUGCUGUAUACAAAGCCGAUCUCAAAGCCCACUGCAAGCAACACAGAAUUGCCGUUUGA